UGUUGUUUGUUUGCAAAAUGCAAAGUCCUGAAGAAUUUAGGAAUUUUGAAAAAGAAUUAAUACGCCAGGUAAAAGCAUAUCCUUGCCUGUACGACAGAAGGAAUCCUUACUUUAAGGAUUCCCAGAAAAAGAAUCAAGCAUGGAGGGAGGUGUGUUCAAAGUUUGGCGAAGGAAUCAGCUUGACCAAGUGCAAGAAAUCCUUUGCACUGCUCCUCAAUAGAUUCCUCAAGGUGCAUGAAGAUGUCCUUGCAGAGGUCAUAACAUUUGCUGAGGCACAGAGACAAUUUAGUCACUACAAUGCUAUGUUGUAUGCAAAGGCAUUCCUGCAAUUCUCUGAGGAUGGAUACCCAGGUGGGAGUGGAGGAGGAUCAGAGAGUAGUAGCCAACAAAGCUAUGGAGGAGGAGGCUACAACCAAUUAAAUGCCAACAAACGCCCCGGACAACCGGGCUUUUCCAAUCAAGGACCUCCAAAUCGAAAUGAAAGGAAUCCUUCGUCAUUUGACUACUGUUCAGCUCCUUCGGGAUCUGGAAUGGGAUACUCCCAGCAGAACACUCAAUCCCGGAACUAUCCAGAUAGAUUUGCCGGUGGUCUUUCAGGGUGGGAUCAAAUUAAUCCACAGAGAAUGUCAGACUUCCCUCAAGGACCUCCUUCGAUGCAUCCCCAAUUCAAUGAUUUCAUGAACAAUCGUUCUCAAUUUAUGGGUCAGCAGCAGAAUCAGAGGAAUCCCGAUGCAAGGAGCAAUGGUGGGAAUGCUAGGAAUUACGAUGAGAUCGACAGAGAUAAUUCUCACAUUGAUUUCUUCUUCCGCGGAGUUUCUCAGCAAGUAAAACGGGCAAAAGUGACUGGGGAAGAGUUUCUGGAUCUGCAAGCAACAAUCCUGGACAUCCUUGUGCAUCAAUUGCCCAAUUACAACAAUUAACUGAUUAAUUUAA